CUUAUCCUAAUGCUCUAUUUGAAUCUUCAUGGAGGUUAAUGAGUGAAGAUCAUGUUUAUUCUCUUCGUAAACAGCUACACUCAAAAACUUUCCAGCCUUCAGAUGAGAGACUUAAGAAUUGGGUGUUACAUCAACUGGAAACUUUACUGAGAACUUAUGGUUCUUCACUUCAGCAAUUACAUCUCCCAAGACCGACAGAUUCAGAACCUGACGAUGGAUCAAAUCCCCUGAUUAAUGAGCAUCUUAACUUUGAUGAUGAUCAACAAAGGUUACUGGCAAAUACUAUGGUUAGCAAACUGAACACAAAACAGCUAGAGGUUUUCACACUCAUUAUUCUCUCUAUCAACAACAACCUUGGCAGUUCAUUUUUCCUAUAUGGCUAUGGAGGAACAGGCAAGACUUUUCUCUACAAUGCAAUCAUUGCAAAAUUAAAAAGUUUCUCCAAAAUUGCUAUAGUUGUUGCCUCAUCUGGAAUAGCAGCCACACUACUACCAAACGGCACAACUGCUCAUUCAAGGUUCAAGAUUCCCCUUCAUAUAGACCGUACAUCUACAUGUUCCAUAAAGAAAGGUACUCAUUUAGCUGAGCUAAUACGUGCAGCUUCAUUGAUUAUUUGGGACGAAGCACCGAUGACACAUCGAAAUGCAUUUGAGGCUAUAAGCAGAACGUUUUGUGAUUUGAUGGACAUACCACUAUCAGGUCCAAAACACAAGUUGUUUGGAGGAAAAACAGUAAUCUUUGGUGGUGAUUUUAGACAGACUCUGCCAGUAAUUUCAGAUUCAGGAAGGAAACAAACAGUUGAUGGAUCCAUCACGAGGUCAUCGUUGUGGCCCUUUUUUCAGGUGCUCAAACUGUCAAGGAACAUGAGGCUUAAUGAUUCACAAGAUAAUAGAAACCUGGUCGGCUGUGGAAUGAACUUUGGUGAGUGGAUUCUGGCGCUAGGAGAUGGAAGGCUGCCAACAAAAUCUUUUAUGCCAAACACACCUUCAGAUUGGAUUGAGAUACCACAAAUACUUUUGAUAUAUGCUGGAAAAAAUCCAAUCGAGUCAAUCACAAAUGACAUAUAUGACGCAUUUGAGGAACAACACAUGAGCACAGAUUACCUAAGUGGAAGGGCGAUCGUUACUCCUACUAAUGCAGUUGUGACUGAAGUGAAUGACUUCAUGUUGCAAAAAAUUCCUGGACAUUGCCGUUGCUACUACAGUUCAGACUCUAUUCAACUUGAUACAGAGGCACCUCAGCUAUUCGCUGAAACUUACCCAACAGAAUUUUUGAAUUCUCUUCAGUUCAAUGGUGUUCCAGAUCAUGAAAUAAGACUUAAGGUUCACACUCCAAUCAUGUUGCUGAGAAAUUUGAGCCCACCAAACGGCCUAUGCAACGGUACGAGGAUAUUGAUUACGAAAUUGGGGGAAAAUAUCAUUGUAGGAAACAUCAUGGGAGGAUCUUUUGACACAAAAGAGGUUGUUAUACCACGAAUAGUACUCAACGUAGAAGACAAACGCUGGCCCUUUAUACUGAAGAGGAGGCAAUUCCCAGUACGUUUAUGUUAUGGGAUGACAAUAAAUAAGAGCCAAGGCCAAACGCUGGACAAGGUUGGAGUCUAUUUGCCUAAACCAGUAUUCAGUCAUGGACAGCUUUAUGUGGCAGCAUCAAGAGUAAGAUCUGCAGGUGGUUUGAGAUUCUUGAUUGAAAAUGAAGAGGACAUUCCAGCCAAUUACACAAGAAACAUUGUAUAUUCAGAGGCCUUCACAGAUAUUGCACCUGCUUAAUUCUGCAAGCAUCGAAGAAGCUCGAAGUGGUUAUUAUGAACUCUCCCAACUUUUUGAAUUUUACGCCUGGAAAAAAUUGUUCUUCCAGUUCUUGCGUUGUUCUUAACAAGAGACACAUUUUGUGUUUUUUAUUUCGAAACUCAAAGCUAGAAAGCAGUCAUGAGUUUUUGUCAGUUAAUAUCGGUUCGGACUUUCCAGAGAGAAGUUAGAAAGAAAAUUCGAUGAGCCCAACUGAUACAACUUGACAGAACAAUCAGCGCAGGAGCGUAUUGUAGGCUUUUUUGUAAAAAGGCCUGAUUCAACAGUUAGACCCCAUUGCAUAUCAAAGAGAGCCCAAACACGAUGUCAAGGCCCAAACAAUAGAUCCAAAAAGGACUUACCCUAAGUUAACCCUAGCUUACAUAAACUACCGAUAUGUUUUUUUAUGCCUUCUAGAAUCGGCCGCGCAGUCAAGAUACAAGAAACACGGGAAACCAGGGUCUCGAAGAACUGGAAGCUUUCUUCUACCCAACAGAUUUACAGUUGUAUAGUACAACUGAUACGUGAGCUUCCAUGGACCCACACAAAAUGGAAUCUUUGAGGAAUAAGCAUCAAACUACAGAUCGCGAUUGUGUGGUCUCCAACGAACUGAAAGGUAAAUACAUUGAAUCUGGAAAGAAAUCCUAAAAACGCAUCUCGAUUCCUAUGCGAUUUUUUCCAUUUAUUAUUUAUCUAUUCGUCUUUAUUCGCGUUGCAGAUUCCAUUGAUGCAAGCAUGUGCUUUCGGGGACUGCGUUUGGGAACAAACAAUCGAACCGUUAUAGCUAGACAUGUCGUUACAUGGUCUGAGUUCCGAGAAGUGCCUUUAUCCACAUGGAAGAAAAGGACACAUCACAUGCUCUGGCUUGACAAAAAGGUUUGGAUCCAGAUACCCCAACUAUAUUCAUAAAUAUUCGUCAGAGCAUUUGAUUAAGUGUUAAGACAAAAGAAAUUACCAAUAUACAAACCCUAAACAUCAAUUAACCUACUGGCGAAUACUAAAAGAUCAAAAACUCUUGACAACAUAUCUAUCUACCAUUGACUUUACAAAACAAGUUGAUCGAAACUCAGGUUGAAGAAGAAGAGGCAGCUGAGGUUUUUAAGAAAAUCAAGGUUGGCUGCCUGCAUGAACUACAAGAUAUUGUAGCAGGUCCAGCAAGGUCAGUGCAACGCAUUGUCCAUCGAGAGUUCCGCCUGCUCCUCACUUCAUAUCAAAUUAGAAGGCACAUUGAAGAAGGACAUGGACCCCAGCAGUUUCCAGUAGGAUCAUACACAGCAGCCGAUUUUUCCAUUGUGCCUCAAACAUUAGAAGACUUUGUCUGCCAUUCAGGUAAAUAUAUGUCUCUCUAUCCAUGAUUAAGAACACCAUUAAACAAAGCAUAACAAACAUUAAAUCUGCAGAUGUUACAGGAUGUGUUAGAAGACUAACUCAUCCAGAAACAAUUAAAGGAAUGAUUCAGAAAUUCGACCUGGUCAUACAAGAUGUCUAGUAUGCUCUUAAGACUGUACACUUUUUUUUGCUUUGUAAGAAUGUAUAGUUAACGCAUUGCUUUGCAAUCAGUGGGGCAAAGGCUUAUGUUGAAUACAAUGGUCAUGACAUUGAUGAUUUCCAAAUGCAUGCUCCAGCAAUGGAGUCAAAGUUACCAUUGAUUGUGACAAUCAAAUCAGUUAGUAGAGUAACUCCUAGACAUGGCAGUAAAUAUCAGCACGAAUUUCGAUCCACAAAUGCGAGUAAGCUUAUCAUUCAUUCUUAUACAGACAACUGCAAGGAUAUCAUGAACAUGUGAGUUGCUGUAUAUGGGUUUGCCCAAGAUAACUGAUUGGUUCAACCACUAUCGAGUUAGUGAUACUUACACAUUGCUUUUCAACAUGUAGCUUUCUUGCAUGUCGCAAACCAGUUUACUUCUUCGAUGAUGCUACUUGCAAAAAAACUGGCCACCUGCUGAGCAAUCAACUGCCAAAGAAAUC